GCUCGCGUUCGGCCGGCGCGCGUUUACUUCCCUCGACUCCGACUACUUGCGAAGUCACGAUCACGACUCCGGCGACUUGCGAAGUCACGACAACGGCACCGAAGACGACGACGACGACGACGACUCCGACGGCGGCGUUGGCGUCACAUAAUAACCAUCGCAUGGUAUUUUACACCUCCCUCGUCGUCAUCGGGGACACUUCUGUUGUAUAGCAAUUGGUCAAAAUCGUGAUUGUUAGCAGCUAUAAAAAGCCACCAAAUUGAAUAAUAUUAAUGUUCACUAAACUAUAAUGUCCAUAUUACCACCCUCGCGUGGAAAAAUUGUAUUCGGACUGGGUAUAGCAUACUUAUUGGUGCAGUUUAUAUAUGUCAGCUAUUACAACGAAACACGUCGCUUUGACAAUCUGAUUGCAACGACAACACAAGAAUACUUUCCAUCGACUAACCCUAUGCCAAUAACUCACCUCAACCUUUCCGGUAUUCAGACUAUGUUUUAUAAUAAUGUUCAAACUAAAGAGACAAAAGACAAAAAUCUUCUCGCGCCGUGUCCAAAAACUCCGUUUGCUUUAAAUGGAACACUACGUUUGCUUGUUCCUGCUCAAGAAACGUUGGAAGAAGUGGCGCAGGAGUUAUCCUGGCUAAGAUUCUUAGAAGGCGGCCGUCAAAUGCCUUUAGAUUGCCAGGCAAGAUAUAAAAUUGCAAUUAUAGUGCCUUAUAGAAACCGACUAGCCAAUCUCUGUUCAUUCCUUUUAAAUAUGCAUCCAUUUUUAACAAAACAACAGUUGGAUUAUACUAUAUUUAUCAUAGAACAGUUCGACGAUGGACUAUUUAAUCGAGCAAUGUUAAUGAAUGUUGGGUUCACUGAAGCGUUAAAAUUACACGAUUUUGACUGUUUCUUUUUCCAUGACGUAGACCUCAUACCAGAGAAUGACAGAAACAUAUACAGUUGUCCUGAUCAACCAAGACAUAUGUCAGUAGCUAUUGACAAGUUUAACUACAGACUGCCAUAUGUGGACUUAUUUGGCGGAGUGAUAGGCAUGAGCCGAAAACAUUUCCAGCUGGUCAACGGAUUCAGUAACAUGUUCUGGGGAUGGGGUGGCGAAGACGACGAUAUGGCAUCUCGGGUCAAGGCACACGACCUAAACAUAACCAGAUACCAUCCGGACGUGGCUCGUUAUCAUAUGUUAACACAUGCCCAGCAAAAGGCUAACCCAAAAAGGUACGAAAAAUUGUACAGCGGCCGGAAACGAUUCAAAACGGACGGACUUAACAAUCUCGAGUACCGGAUAAAAGCCUUGAAACAAUUGCCGCUGUUCACAUAUUUGCUGGUUGACUUGACCAGUAGGCGCAGUUGAUGGACGAUGAUUAUGUGGCACUGGCCGUUUGGUCAGCAAGCCACUUAAAAAAAGCCAUUUAUAGUCUCUCUCUCUCACUCUAUUUCUCUCUUUAUUCUCUAUUUCUCUUUCUCUCUCUCUUCUUCCCUAUCUUUGUUAUCUGAGAGAGUUUCAUGGCAUAAUAUUAUUUUUAUUUUUAUUUUCAAUCGAUUUAAAAUGUAAAUUAAGCAUAGUUACGUACUAUUUAUUUAUUAUGUAAACAUUUUUUUUUUAUAUAUAACAUAUUAUAUUAAAUUGAAUUAUCAGGGUUAUUGUUCCCUGAUUUGGUGCUAAACUAAAAAAUGUAUUUUUGCAUAUGCACUUGAAUUAUAUGUGUAUUAAAUGAAGAGUUAUAUACGACCGAAUAGAUAUCGUCAGACUCAAGAGGGAAAAAUCAAAAUCUGAGGUUCUUAUUAUUAUUGUUAUUGUUACUAGUAUCAUCAUCCCUCGAUUAGCAGACAAUUGGUGAGGACAUUAAAAUAAUAUGGAACAACAAAUGUACGUUUUAGCGUGAAAAAAAUUAAACCUAUCCACCGGACAAACAUAGAACACGGCGAUCGAAAUUGAACAGACGUUUGAAUAAAAUAUAAUACUUGCAGUAUUACGGUUUCUCUGCAGUGUCUGGACGCAGCGUCUAGCAUUGAUUACAGGAAAACGUACCAUUACCUAAGUGGUAUUUCAUAACGAUCUCAUCGUCGUCUGUUUAUUGUUUUUGUUAGAAACUUCAACCAGAUUUUAUAAAAUUUAAUGACAUAUUUAUGAUUACCCCAAUGCAGUUUUAACGAUUACAAUGACUUAUUAAAUUUAUUAAGAACGAUCUGUUAACAUAAUAUUUGUAGUUUUUCAAUGAAUCGGUCACUUUUUCUCUCGUUAUCGUCAAACAUUUCAUCAUGAUUAUAAAUUAUAUGUCAUAUAAUAUUACAUUAUUUCGUGAUUUAUAUUUACUGAUAUCAAAUAUUUUCUAGUACCUAUUAAAUAUGUAUAGAUAUUUUAACAAUAUUUGUUUUUUCUAAAAGAUUUUUCUCUCCUUUCAUAUUCGUAUUGUAGAUAAUAAUACACCAAUUAAUGAAUUUUCAAACAUUACACACCUUGUAUAUAAAAUAAAUCGUAGGUGUGAAGUUCAUUUUUAUUUCACUAUUCUUAUUUUCAUGUAUACAUAACAAUACUUUUUACAUAUUUCAUGAUUUUGGGAUCAACGAAUAGGCAAUAAGUAUUAGGGUAGGCCUAUUUUUGGGUCAAUAUGACUCUGUGAUAUUUAUUAAAUAUAUAUUAUAAUAUUAUACACAUUCUCUAUCUUUUUAUUGAUUCAGAAACCGGGCAAUUUUAUCAUUUAAAGACCCGCCGUAUCUGUUAUUUAAGAUAAA